AUGGAAUCAUUAGCCAAAUUCAAAGAAUCAUCGUCAGCAGGAAAAGGGACAAAUUCAGGUAAAAUUGCCCCACCCAGAUCAGAAUCAAAGGAUAAAUCUUCAGAUGCACUAUCAGAACCACGAUCAGACUCACUGCAAUGGGAGGAAGAAACUGCCCCUCAGGGUGAUUUAUCCCUAAGACAAUCUUUUUUAGAUAUGGGAGAGGUGGAUUUCCGAUUGGGCGACCGACAUCGCUUAGUCCCAGCAAAAGAUGGACUAACAGGUCGAUCGAGUACCACUGCAUCAAUAGAUGGGUCCUUUGACUCAAUUUGGCAGAUGCUAAAUCAGCAUCUGGCUUAUUUGCAUCCUCGGGAGGCAACCUGGCAGAAGUGCAAGCACCGCCAGUACAUAUAUAUAGCCAACCUGUCUGGUGUUGGGUCGAGUUGUCUUUCAUUAUUUGCGUGGUGGCAGUGUUAUAAAGAACCCAAGCCGAGUAAAAGUUCUCAGGAAGCCAGCUUUCAG